AUGAAGCCCUAUUUCCUCACUCUUGUUGGUUUGCUGGCAGCCUCCGUGGCCGCUAACCCGCUUCCAGCCAGUAACGGCGCCGUUAGUAUUGCCAGAGGCGGUCGGGAGAAUGCUAAUGAUGCCAACGUUGCUGGUUGUGACGCUGGGAACGCCCAAGGUGCCGACAACGCCAGCGACCAAGGCGGUCAGAAGGCCGGCAAGAAUAAGCUGAACAACAACAAAGGUGCCGGUGCUGGGGCUGGAGGUGCCACCAGAAACAACGGCACCGCCAACGCUGGUGGAGCUGCUGCUGGUAAUGCCACUGCUGGGGCUCUUGUUCUGCCCGACGGCCGUAUCAAGGCUGGCGCUGUUCCUGAGGACUUCAAUGUCCUUGCUAGCGUGUUCAAGAGCGCCGUCGUCAAGGGAGAUGGCAAGAAGCCAGGCCUCAAGUUUAGCGAUGUUAUUACAUUCCCUGAAGUGGAGGCAUCACUUUUCGACAAGACUACCAACACGAAGGCCUUCGCCAUCAACAUUAACGACAAGUCUGUGUUUAUUCCUCAGGGUGGCGAGGCCCAAUCUAACAUUCGACGCGCCGACCUUCUGCCCAGUAUCCGCUCUCAGCUCAAUGACGUCGCCGUAACGGGCGUCCGUACCAUGCACUUCUCUGUUCAGCGUGACACCGCGAAGCCUCUCAACGCGACCCACGACUACCAGAUCGUGAAUCUUGAGUCAAAGGACUUCAGCUUCCAUCAGUUUGACGUCCGCACUGGUGCCGACAACGGCAACGAGGUCGCAGUCUUUGGCAACUCUAAAACCACACCCGCUCCUGCGAAGAUAUUCUCCACACCCUUCGGCGAGGGACAGUUUGAGAAUUUUGCGCUGAAGAUGGACUUCAAUGCCAACACUGGGCAAAAGCCACUCCAGCAGGUCACCGAGCCUGUUGCGAACGAUCUUGCCGGCCUUGGUGAAUACCACUUCGCCCUGCAAAAGAAUGCUGUUGGAGACGCUCCCCAGCCCACAGGCAUCCAAGAGGCGCUUGUUUUUGCUGGCAUUUUUAUGGAAGACUCCACCGAUGGCACUGUCACCCUCCAGUAG